AUGUCCUAUUUCCAGAUUCUCGGUGACUGUUACUACUGUGUUAGUGGCUUGCCGGAUGUCAACCAUCAUCAUGCCGCAUGUACCGUCGAAAUGGGACUCGAUAUGAUCGAAACUAUUAAAUUGGUCAGAGAUAUGACACGAGUCAAUGUGAACAUGCGAGUCGGCAUUCAUUCUGGUCGAGCUCACUGCGGUGUGUUGGGGCUGAAGAAGUGGCAGUUCGAUGUGUGGAGCGAUGACGUCACUUUGGCAAAUCAUAUGGAAAGUGGCGGUCUGCCUGGGCGUGUUCACAUCACUCAAGCCACACUGGACUCGUUGAGCGGUGAGUACGUCGUCGAAGAGGGUAACGGAGCUGAACGAUCAAAAUACCUUCGCCGAACACAAUCAAAUGAACAAGGAGCUUCGCCUGACUGGACACGCCUCAGCACUACAAAGGGGCCAGAGCCUCAGGCCAUUAACAAGGAGAGCUGGCGACAAACUCACUGCCAUCGGAUCACUUUGAAAUUCAAGGAGAGCAACUUCCUGGAAAUCAAAGAAUCUGCACUGCUAGCACAAAUUUGCUGCUACUUUUUCAUUUUUAUUCUGGCUUGUUGGAUACUGAUCAUUGGAAAACUGGGCAGUUCUGCAAUGUUUCUCUGCAUGAUCGUUGCAUUCAUUGCUCUGGUUUUCCUGCUCGUCUAUAUCGCUGCAAAGGCAUUUUUGCUCCGAAAUGCUAAAAGAGGAGCGAAAAAGUUGAAGUGUUCACGGGCUGUGCGAAUCGUCUUCAUUUGUGCCAUCCUGCUUCUUGCACAUUCGGUUAUCAUCAGUGCUUUGGACACCGAUCAAUGCACUUUUGAAUGCACUACACAAGGUCCGAUACUCAGUAAUUCCUCCUGUCAUGACGUUUCAUCUGGGCAAGCCGAGGUAAAGAAUCUUCAGUACUUCCUUUUUGUGGUAUGA